UCGGCGGCGGACUUGGAGGGACACAAGGGGCGGCAGAAGGAGUUCGACGCAGAGCUGGCGCGCCUUCGUGGAACGAACGGCACUCUUGCGUCGCAGCACGCCAGCCUCAAGUCCGAAUACGAGCAGCUGAAGGAGGCCAACGACUCGCUAGUCGAGCAGGCCACCACUCUCUCUGGCGACCACGCAGCCGCGCUGGAGACCUAUAGCGGCUUCGUACGCGCAGUCGAGGCAGAGCGCGACAAGAAGUUCGCGUCCCGGAAGGUCACGCCAGGCAUGUUCCAGCGAGAGGCGAUACUGGAGAACACGAGGAACACCGUAGCCUGCCUGCAGGACACGAUGGAUGCUCUGGAUGAGCGGCUUUCAGAGGCGCACAAGGAGCUGUACGACAAGGAGCGGGAGCUGGAGAAGGUCGAGACGGCGGUGAAGGACGAGAGGAAGAAGGUCGAGACGUAUCGGGCAGUUCUGCGGACGCCGCUGACCACGCCUUCGUUGGCAAACUCGAAUGGCCGGUUCUCUCGGUCGCCGUCGCUGACGCCGCCGCCCGAGACUCCCACCGGCAGAUCCGACGCAAGCUCCGGAGAUCCAGUCGCCACAAAGCCCUUGAAGCUUUCCGGCCAAGACUGA